AUGCCGUUGCCACGCAAUGCCAAGAUGCUGAGCACCAAGCAGUCCCGAGCAGGCAAGGUGAGCUCUGCUGCAGAGAAUGCCAACGCUGAGAAGGAUGAGAGCUGUCAGGCCAAGAGGUCUCCAUCCUCACCCCAGGGUGGGCCCAAGAAGAGGUCAGCAUUUGGGGACAUCACUAAUGCUCACAAGAACCAGGUGGUGGCAGGGAAGAAGGAGGCUGUGAAAGUGGCACCACACAAGGCACAGAGGGCCCAUGCUGCCCUGGGGGUGGCCAAGAACAAUGAGAUCAACCUGAAAAAGUCAAUGAAGAAAACUCCCCCGACAGAGGCUACUGCAGAGCCCAAGGAGGAUCCUGUGCCAGAGGAGCCGGUGCCUGCUCAGGUACCAGAAGUGGAGGACAUAGACAAGGAGCAGCUGGGUGACCCCUAUGCCAAUGCGGAGUACGCCAAGGAGAUCUUUGAAUACAUGCGGGGAAGAGAGGAGAAAUUCAUGCUCCCUGACUACAUGGAGAAGCAGCCAGACAUCAGCGGGGACAUGCGUGCCAUCCUGGUGGACUGGAUGGUGGAGGUGCAGGAGAACUUUGAGCUGAACCACGAGACGCUGUACCUGGCUGUGAAGCUGGUGGACCACUACCUGGUGGAGGUGGUGAGCAUGAGGGACAAGCUGCAGCUCAUCGGCUCCACCGCCAUCCUCAUUGCCUCCAAAUUUGAGGAGCGUUGCCCACCGUGUGUGGAUGACUUCCUCUACAUCUGUGACGAUGCCUACAAGCGGGAAGAGCUCAUUGCUAUGGAGAUGAGCAUCCUCAGCACCCUCAAGUUCGACAUCAACAUCCCCAUCCCCUACCGGUUCCUGCGACGCUUUGCCAAGUGUGCCCAUGCCACCAUGGAGACACUGACGCUGGCCCGCUUCCUCUGCGAGAUGACCCUGCAGGAGUACGACUAUGCCCAGGAGAGCCCCUCCAAGCUGGCUGCCAGCUGCCUGCUGCUGGCACUCACCAUGAAGGACCUUGGUGGCUGGACCCCCACCCUGGAGUACUACAGCGGGUACCGCUCCCAGGACCUGCAUCCCCUGGUGAAGAGGCUGAAUUUCCUGCUCACAUACCAGCCCCAUGACAAGCUGAAGGCUGUGCGCACCAAGUACUCACACAGGGUCUUCUUUGAGGUUGCCAAAGUCACCCCCAUGGACAUGCUCAAGCUGGAGGAGAUACUGAAGAGCUGCUAGCCUUUAUC